AUGGCGUACAACAAGUCCUACAACCCAGAUGCGCUACCAGCGCAUGCAGAGCCUGAGCAGGUGGCUCAGAUGAUCGGUGCGAUGCAAGUAAACUCUGGAGGCCAACCAAAACCUCCUCGAGCGCCUCACAAUCCGUCGAUGAGCAGUGUGCCUCCGCGAAUUCCAGUUUCCAAUGCCCACAGUGCGCCAGCACCUCGUCCGGGGCAAGGUCACCCCGCCUACAACAAUAACAAACCUCUCCCUCCCACCGGAGGACCUCCUCCAGGCCCGAGUCGAACACACCCAUUACACCCAUCUCCCCCGCCCCAAAAUUAUGGCUUCGGACCGCCGCCUUCGCAACCGAUACGCAACCGACCGCCUCCGUCCUCUCAACCCCCUCGCUCCCCCCACCCUCCGCCACUGGCGAUGCCCAACGAUGACCCGCAACAGCUCUUCCCCCUGUUCCGCGCAGCGAACUCGUCGCAUUCCGGUUCGCUCACGGAAAUGGAGCUGGGAUCGGCGCUGGUGAACGGGGACUACACCUCGUUCCACCCGAAGACCGUGAAGAUGAUGAUUCGCAUGUUCGACCGCAACAGCAGCGGGACGAUCUCGUUCGACGAGUUUGUGUCGCUGUGGCGGUACCUCGCCGCGUGGCGGGAGCUGUUCGACCGGUUCGACGUUGACCGCAGCGGGCGCAUCAGUCUGCGCGAGUUCGAGGAUGCGCUGGUCGCGUUCGGGUAUCGGUUGAGCCAGCCGUUCGUGUCGGUGCUGUUUACCACGUUCGAAAGCAAGGGGAGGCAGAUGAAUGGACCCGGCAAGGGACCCGGCCCGGCGGGCAUGAGCUUUGAUCUGUUUGUUCAAGCGUGUAUCAGUCUGCGUCGCAUGACGGACGUGUUCAAGCGGUACGAUGACGACCGCGAUGGGUAUAUCACGGUGAGCUUUGAGGAGUUUUUGACUGAAAUUCUACAGCUGCAGGAUUAG